GUGAGAAUAUUGAUUACGAGAUGUUAACCAAAUUGACACUUUGAGUGGAGAUUAUAUAUACAUGUUGCAGAUAAGUAGCAGUGCAUCAAAUUCUUUAUUUAUGACAAUUGACAUCAUGGAGCGCUCUGUGGAAGCUUUGGAAAGAGAUCUGAAGAGCGUGAGGAAGUACUAUGGGAGUGGAAAAACAAAGGACGCGUCAUGGAGAGAAUCACAGCUCAAAGGGUUGCAAAAUUUUAUAGUGGAAAGAGAGGAAGAAAUUGUGAGGGCCCUCAAGCAUGAUCUGGGGAAGCAUUACGUCGAGGCUUUCAGAGAUGAGGUUGGAACGUUAAUGAAGACCUUAAACUUGGCAACCAAGUCGUUGAAAAAAUGGAUGGCGGCCAAAGAGGCCAAACUGCCACAGAUAGCAUUGCUUUCUAGUGCAGAGCUAGUUCCUGAGCCACUUGGUUUGGUUCUCAUAAUCUCAUCAUGGAACUUCCCUUUUGGACUAUCCUUGGAGCCACUAAUAGGAGCAGUAGCUGCUGGAAACACUGUGGUUUUAAAGCCUUCAGAGAUGUCUCCUAGUUGCUCUUCUCUUUUGGCCACUGUUCUGCCAACUUACUUGGACAAUAAGGCCAUUAAGGUCAUUGAAGGUGGGCCAGAAGUGGGGGAGCUACUGUUACAGCAAAAAUGGGACAAGAUUUUCUUCACAGGAAGUGCAAGGGUUGGGAGGAUUGUUAUGUCUGCAGCAGCUGUGCAUCUAACACCAGUGACUUUGGAGUUAGGUGGAAAAUGCCCAGCAUUGGUUGAUUCCCUUUCUUUUUCUUGGGACAGAGAGGUGGCUGCGAAGAGAAUUUUGGUGGCAAAGUUUGGGGCUUGUGCAGGACAAGCAUGCAUUGCAAUCGAUUAUAUCCUUGUAGAGAAGGGUUUCAGUUCCAAUUUGGUGUCAUUAAUGAAGGUCUGGAUUAAGAAAAUGUUUGGAGAAAACCCCAAAGAGUCCAACACUAUUGCAAGGAUAGUUAAUAAAAAACAGUUCAUGAGACUUAAGAAUUUUCUCACUGAACCAAAGGUCAAAGAAUCGGUGGUUGUAGGUGGAUCAAUGCACGAAAAUGACUUAUUUAUUGAACCAACAAUAUUGCUGGAUCCCCCACUUGAUUCAGAAAUCAUGUCUGAGGAAAUCUUUGGACCAGUGCUUCCAAUUAUCACCCUGGAUAAGAUUGAAGACAGUGUUGAGUUCAUAAACUCAAGGCCUAAACCUUUAGCAAUUUAUGCCUUCACCAAAAACCAAACUCUGCAGAGAAGAUUGCUAUCUGAAACAUCAUCGGGAAGUCUUGUAUUCAACGAUGCAAUUCUACAAUACAUAGCGGAUACCCUACCAUUUGGAGGAGUUGGUGAAUGUGGAUUUGGCAAGUACCAUGGAAAGUUCUCCUUUGACUUGUUCAGUCACCACAAGGCUGUAGCUAGGAGAAGUUACUUUACUGAUUUUUGGUUCAGGUUUCCUCCAUGGACUCUUCAAAAGCUUCAACUACUUGAGGUGUCUUACAAUUUAGACUACCUUGGAAUACUUCUUGUUAUCCUCGGCUUGAAGAGAUCAAAACGAUCAUUAUCUUAGGCUUCUAAUUGAUGUGCCUUAUGUUCCUUCACUUAUCUAUUUCCAGUGAGCCCCCAAUAAGGAUAGGUUAAUCCUACCAAGUGUGUUUCUAAGUUUAUGAUUCUCAAGUCUAUUCUCUUAUUAUUAUUAUUUUUUUUUUA